AAAACCCAGUAAUAGUUUAAACAGAAGCACGAGCAAAGAUUCAUACACGACAUUAAUUUUGUCCUCAUUUCACAUCUACAUGUCCAGUUCUUCACUUUUCUUUAAUCCAUUGGAUCCAUGAUGAUCUUUAUUUCAUGAUGCAUUGUCUGCUUUAAAUCAUUAAUCUAGUGUUGCUUUGAUUUCUACGUUUUCCCCCAUUUUUAUAUCCAAUCCUGAGCUCUGUUGCUGUUUUGGGUGUACUCGAAACAGAGCGAAGCCACCCAUUUGUUUUUUUCUCCUUUCUGGGGUUUCGAGAUUUCUGAUGCAGAGAAAGAAGAAGACCCAUCACUGUUUUUGAACUUCUUUUUUGCUGAGAACAUCAGAAUCUAUGGAUUUACAGAAGCAUUUUCAUGGUGGGUUUUCCUUAUUCUCUCUGAUUUUGCUGCUGAUUUUUCCUUCUUACGUGUUGGGUGGGGAUAUUGUUCAUCAUGACGAUUUGUCUCCCAAAAAGCCUGGCUGUGAGAACGACUUCAUUCUGGUUAAAGUUCAAACUUGGAUCGAUGGCAUAGAAGCCAGUGAAUUUGUGGGUGUUGGAGCUAGAUUUGGUGCUACCAUCGUUUCAAAGGAGAAAAAUGCAAACCAAACACGCCUUGUUCUUGCCAAUCCCCGUGAUUGCUGCAGUGUGCCAAAGGACAAGCUUUCUGGAGAUAUAAUCAUGGUUGAUCGAGGUCACUGCAAAUUUACUACAAAAGCAAAUAUUGCUGAAGCUGCUGGUGCUUCAGCUAUACUGAUAGUAAAUAACCAAAAAGACCUUUACAAGAUGGUUUGUGAUCCUGAUGAGACUGAUCUAGAUAUACAUAUACCUGCUGUCAUGCUCCCUCACGAUGCUGGUACAAGCUUGGAGAAGAUGCUAAUUAGUAAUUCUUCAGUGUCUGUUCAGCUAUACUCACCACAACGACCACCAGUUGACAUAGCUGAAGUAUUCUUAUGGUUGAUGGCUGUCGGUACAAUCUUGUGUUCAUCAUUUUGGUCUGCCUGGAGUGCUAGAGAAGCAGCUAUUGAGCAGGACAAGCUACUAAAGGAUGGUGCAGAUGAUAUUCAAAAUGCUGAUGAAAUGGACAGCCCUGGUGUUGUAUAUAUCAACAUGGCAUCAGCAGUCCUGUUUGUCAUUGUUGCGUCGUGCUUUUUGAUUGUGCUUUACAAACUCAUGUCGUACUGGUUCAUCGAGCUUUUGGUAGUCCUUUUCUGCAUAGGAGGCGCAGAGGGCUUGCAAACUUGUUUGGUCGCGGUAUUGUCGAGAUGCUUUAAGGAAAUUGGAGAACCAUACAUCAAAGUGCCAUUCUUUGGAGCUGUUUCAUACCUCAGUAUGGCGGUUUCUCCAUUCUGCGUAGCUUUUGCUGUCGUUUGGGCUAUCUAUCGGAGUGCGUCGUUUGCCUGGAUUGGUCAAGACAUACUUGGAAUUGCACUGAUAAUUACAGUUCUUCAAAUAGUUCGUAUACCGAAUCUCAAGGUUGGAACAGUGCUUCUCAGUUGUGCCUUCCUCUAUGAUAUCUUUUGGGUCUUUGUUUCUAAGAAGUUGUUCAAGGAAAGUGUGAUGAUUGUGGUGGCUCGUGGCGACAAAAGCGGAGAGGACGGUAUCCCGAUGCUGCUAAAGAUCCCACGCAUGUUCGAUCCGUGGGGUGGUUAUAGCAUCAUUGGAUUUGGUGACAUUCUUUUACCUGGACUUAUAGUAGCGUUUUCUCUCAGGUAUGACUGGUUGGCGAAUAAGAGCCUCCGGGCUGGUUACUUCUUACCAGCAAUGCUUGCUUAUGGAUCAGGUCUUCUGAUUACCUAUGUAGCUUUGAACCUGAUGGACGGCCACGGCCAGCCCGCCCUGCUUUAUAUCGUCCCGUUCACUCUCGGAACCCUUUUGAUACUGGGGAAGAAGAGAGGAGAUUUGGGGAUUUUAUGGAGAAAAGGAGAACCAGAAAGGGUGUGUCCUCAUGCUCAUCUUCUCAUCAAUGAGGAUUAAAAUGAAGACACUGUUCAUGUAGUGUUCAUAACAUACAUACAUACAUAUAUAUGUAUGUAUGUAUAUAUAUAUUAGGAAUGUGAUGAAGGAUGGCAGCCUGUGUAGAGUAAGCAAGAGCUGGUGUUGAAGGUCAGAUGCUUUACAAGUCAUCAUAGUGAUUACUUGUGGUUAAAUCUUCAUUAACUUGUUAUGAUGCCAACUUGGCUAUGAACUUUUAAUUUUUACGGUUUGAACUUUGAAUUUAACAUAAACUUUUAUUA